UUACACUUGGCACAAUACAGUCAGGCAAGUACCAUUCUCCUGGCAACCAUCAAACCCAGACAUGUCCAUCUGAUUGCCAGACAGAGAGGCGUGAUUAGUUACUCCAAAGAACACGUCUCCACUGCUCUAGGGUCGUGUGGUGGCUGGCUGAGUUGCUGUUGUUCCCAGUUGCUUCCACUUUGUUUUAAUACCAUAACAAUUGACCGUGGAAUAUUUAGUAGCAAGGAAAUUUCACGGAUGGACUUAUUGCACAGGUGGCAGCCUAUCACAUUACCAUGCUUUAAUUCACUGAGCUCCUAAGAGCGACCCAUUCUUUCACAAAUGUUUGUAGAAGCAGUCUGCAUGCCUUCUGUAGGUGCUUGAUUGUAUACACCUGUGGCCAUGGAGGUGAUUGGAACACAUGAAUCCAAUGAUU